AUGGACAAGAACAACUUCCAGCUGUUCACAUCCUUGCGCUAUGAUCCAGUGCUGUUAAGCGUCCCUACCUCCAACAUCAGCUAUGCCGGAUGGAAUUGGGACCAUGCGUCCCCUCUGUACAUGCUCGACUAUCACCGAGAUCGGAUGCUACAAGCAGCCACCCACUGGGGUUGGGCUGCCGCCAUCGACGUGCUAAAGGGAGAGGCCGGUUUGAAAAAUCUAGAGCGUUACCUCCUCAGCAACAUCGGAGAUAACCCUGACGUCUCGCUGAAGCUAAGGGUCGUAAUCACCAGAGACGGUGAGCUGUCUAUCACCCAUGGUGUUGUCCCAGAGACCACCCUCGCGCACCUCCUACCGAGACAGCUACCCACGCCAGACGGGUCUCAGAGUGCUGAGAAUGACGACCAAAUCCCGAGCAAGUCUCCCGGGUACGACAUAGUCGUGGAUGGACCCAACACUGCUCGCUCGGAGUACACACACUUCAAGACCACCAAGCGGGAUGCAUAUACCGCAGCACGGGAAAGGGCGCACAUCGUCAAUCUUGGCGACAAACGCGAAGUCCUCAUUGUCAACGAUACUAGCGGAGCCAUAAUGGAAGGAUCUCUUACCACACCUUACUUUUGGAGGCAGGGGAAAUGGGUCACGCCGGCCGUGAGUAAGGAGUACAGUCAGGAACAAGGCAGUGGCGGCCAGAGCGGCACGUCGAGGAGAUGGGCUCUUGAGAGGUUUGUCAAAUUUGCCGUUGAAGAUACCAUACUGGUUGAUUUCCGCAAGCACACUCAGUUCCGCAAAGCUCGUGGCCUGUCCAAGAUCCGUCCGCUUCUCAAUAACAACUACAGACGUCACGGCACGAAGUCGUAUGUCUACGCGCUCAACAAGUUUGGGUUUCAGCCCACCAAGCCUGGCCCUUACUUCCAGAAGUUUGCGAAACUUGGUGCCGCCAACAGAAGGCCUGAUCUCCCAGGUGUGAAACCCGGCCUUGUUCGAGAAGGCCUCUACAAGAAGCCCGAGGAUGGUGGGGAGCCCGGGAAGGUUACCGCCGAGGACCAGCCGAAUGAUGCCGAGUACCUGUGUGAAGUUGCCAUUGGCUCUGGUAGUGACGCCCAAAAAGUCUUGUUGGACUUUGACACUGGCUCUGCUGAUCUUUGGGUCAACAGCGAGAGGUUCCACUACAAGAAAUCGCGAACCUUCCGCCUCCAGAAAGAGAAGACUUGGAGGAUUCAGUACGGUGAUGGCAGCUCUGCUUCCGGCCCAGUGGGUACCGAUUCGCUCACCAUCGGCGGGAUCGAAGUCAAUCCUCAGACUAUUGAGAUUGCGACUCAAAUGUCUUCGCAAUUUAUGAGGAGCCGCAUGGAUGGACUUCUCGGCCUAGCAUUCAGCAAGCUCAACACCGUCCACUCGAAUGGGACACCGGACCCGCAACGUACACCUGUCGACAACAUGAUUUCCCAACACGACAUUCCAAAGCAGGCCCAGUUAUUCACCUCGGCGAUGUACAGCGGCAGAUCCAAGAGCAAGGACUCAUUCUACACUUUUGGGUGGAUCGACGAGGCCCUCGUGAAGAGUUCCGGCGAAGAGAUUGCCUGGGUCGACAUUGACAAGACCAACGGCUUCUGGAUGUUCCCGAGCGAGCACGCCACCGUCAAUGAGAAGAAACUCACUUUCGAGAACAACAUGGCAAUUGCUGACACCGGUACCACUCUUGCACUUGUCUCCGACGAAUUGUGUGAUGCUUUGUAUGCUCAGAUUCCGGGAGCAAAGUACUCAGAGGAGUACCAGGGCUGGCUCAUCCCGCAUAGUGUCAGGGUACACAAUCUUCCCAAGCUCAGCAUUUCCGUUGGGCGAAAGCAGUUUUUUCUCUCCAGGGACGACCUGCGCUUUGCGCCGGCGGAGGACAACUACUGGUACGGCGGUGUGCAGUCCCGCGGGGAAAACCCCUUUGACAUUCUCGGUGGCACAUUUCUCAAGUCGAUUUAUGCGAUUUGGGACCAAGGCAAUACUCGCUUCGGUGCCGUUCCGAAGAUUCAGGAAACGGAGAUCAAGCAGGACCCAGAGUAUGACCUCCGCCCCCUGACGGAAGAGGACCGCGGGGAGAUGGGCAUCGCGAAGAGCUAUGGGGAUAUCUCUUCGCACUACUUUGAGCCCGUUCACAAACCGAAGGAGGAGUGA